GCAGAAUCGAACUGUGACCCCCUCGUUCAUAGGUCGACGCUCAACCAUGGAGCCAGGCCGGCCGGGCACCUCCACCAGGUCUUUAGGGCAGGCCCCGGGGGUUUAGGAGGGAAUGGCCAGGGGGCGUGUGGCCUGUGCCGCGGGGCUUGUCAGCUGGUCCAGGGUUGGGGCUCUGACGGGAAGGGGUCAGUCCCGUGCCCCUUCACUUUCCCGUUACCCCAGAGCCGGGCUCUGACCGGCUUGUUGGCUUAUCUCCCACGAACACUGACCUUCUGAGUUGUGUGUUCUGGCGUCAGAUAGAUCGCUUCUGUGAAGUCCACGGGCGGGACCACCGGGCAGGGCUGUAACCGGCGGCUGCAGGAGCCGUCAGGAUCCGAAAAGGUUCUAACGCAGUGAAAGCGCUUGCCAAUACUGUCUCGUUAGCUUUCGUGCCAAGGUCCGUACCUCACUUUCUGAGCAGUGUCACCCCCUUUCCCACGGGUCAGGCGGUGACGCGUGUCCCACUGACCAUGCUGCUGGCUCUCCGUUGAGGUCCCCUCGUCCCCGCUGAUCUGAGGUUCUUUAAGGACGAGGACCGCGCUCUGUACCCGCCGCGGCUCUCACGGCGAUCGGGGUGCACGGCAGGAGGACAGGGUGUCGCCGGUCGCCUGACUGAGCCCUGCUUUCCUUGCAGCCCUUCGUCAUCCACGACAUGGAGACGCUGUGCAUGGCCGAGAAGACGCUGGUGGCCAAGCUGGUGGCCAACGGCAUCCAGAACAAGGAGGCGGAGGUGCGCAUCUUCCACUGCUGCCAGUGCACGUCCGUGGAGACCGUCACGGAGCUCACGGAGUUCGCCAAGGCCAUCCCCGGCUUCGCGGGCCUGGACCUCAACGACCAGGUCACGCUGCUCAAGUACGGCGUGUACGAGGCCAUCUUCGCCAUGCUGGCGUCCGUCAUGAACAAGGACGGCAUGCUGGUGGCCUGCGGCAGCGGCUUCAUCACCCGCGAGUUCCUCAAGAGCCUGCGCAAGCCCUUCUGCGACAUCAUGGAGCCCAAGUUCGACUUCGCCAUGAAGUUCAACGCCCUGGAGCUGGACGACAGCGACAUCGCCCUGUUCGUGGCGGCCAUCAUCUGCUGCGGAGAUCGCCCGGGCCUCCUGCACGUGGGACAGAUCGAGAAGAUGCAGGAGGGCAUCGUGCACGUGCUCCGGCUGCACCUGCAGGGCAACCACCCCGACGCCGCCUUCCUCUUCCCCAAGCUCCUGCAGAAGAUGGCGGACCUGCGGCAGCUGGUCACGGAGCACGCGCAGCUGGUGCAGGUCAUCAAGAGGACCGAGGCGGACGCCGCGCUGCACCCGCUGCUGCAGGAGAUCUACCGCGACAUGUACUGAGGCCCCGA